GUCUAAAAAGGGGAUAUACUUGUACACCAGAUAAAAGGUUAUUUAAUCAGUAUAUUAUAAAAACACUAAAAAUCGCGUAAUAAGUAAAAAUAUGAUGUCAGAAGAUUUCCCAAGAAUAGAGGGUGUAAGAGAGGAGGGAGUUUAAGAAGUGGAAGUUUUUAUUAUUUAAUAAGUUUAUAGAUGACAUUAAAAACGAAACAAAAACAAAAACUAAGCUAGAGAUAAGGUACCUAAACCUACAAAACAGAAGCAAUACUAGCAUCGACAGAAGAAGAGAUCCAAAGAAGUGUAAUAAUCUGAUAUAAAGCUUUAAACAAAUUGGGUAAUGGAUAUAAAUCAAGAGAAAUCAAAAUUGAUGGUCAUAGCAAAACACAGAGAAUAUCUAAGUCCAGAUUGAAGAAACAAAACAUAAACAGGUGAAGACGUUUGAAUACUUAGGAAAGAUAGUUGAGGACACUGGCACACAAGACGUAGACAUAAAUAAAAGGAAAGAUAAGAAAAUCUUGUGCCAAUUCAAUGUUCCAAUAGUCUCUCCUCAGUAAUAUCUGUUGUGGACGUAAAAUACGUGAAGCAAAAAGUCGUCAUCUAGCCAAAGAGUGAAAUUGAAGGACUCGAAAAUAGAUACGACACGUUUUACAUGUAUAGAAAAGUGAAAGAAGUGGCUGGUAUCUUCAAUAAGAGACAAACUGCACUGCUACAUGAUGAACAUGGUAAGGAAAUGUUUGAAGUACAGGACAAACUUAAAAAAUCGGAAAAUUACUUUAACAACCUAUUCGAAGACGAUGAGAGUAGCUCACCUUCGGAUAUUACUAACUGCGACUUUGAGGUAAAGCGACAGGUCCUGAUGUAAGGAUAAGCUGACAGUAAUGAUUGAAAUGCUCUAGAGUGUCUAGAGGCUAUAACUUCGUUUUUCAAUACCAAAUAUAUUAGCGGAGACCUACCUAAGGGUUGGUCCAAUUAAUUGUUCACAGCUCUACCUGAGAAGACAACAACAAUAACCUGUGCGGAUUAUAGAACCAUCAGUUUGUUAAGCGAUUUGUUGAAUAUUUUUCUAGAGGUGAUACAUGGCCGUAUCUAUACAGGGUGUUUCAUUGGGAAACGAAAAUACUUGAAUGGUGAAUAGAGGUCACUGAGGAGGUUCUAGAUAUCCUACAAUUAAUGCCUCACCGUUUUUGGGCAUAGGUAAAUUGAGUCCCAUAUACCUGAAUUAAAAAUGGUCAAAAUAUUUAGAUGGUCGAAUUGAGUCCCGGGCAUCGUAAUCCUUCUAAUUACCUUUUAAUAGCUUUCUAAUUUGUAAGUACUUUCUAAUUUGUACUUAAGCCUAUUUAGAAAUAUUGUUAUUACCUGGAAUAACAAUAGAGGAAUGAAAUGAUUUUAUUGGUUAUGCAUUUAUGGUAAUCAAAUAUAAAAAAGCAGUAUCCUACAAAAUAUUUAGUAUGGUGCGAUCUAUCUGUAUACGAUACGGUGUUAAGUUGAUUGCCAAAAUGAGUUCAAUGAAAAUUGUUCUUAGUGAAAAAGGAAAACAAUUGAUUGUGUUAAAUGGCUUCAAAUAUCGUUUUCACAAAUCUUUAAAGAAUAACGACAAGCGUUGGAUGUGUAGUGCGCAGACGAGAGAAAAAUGUAAAGCCUUUUUAAAAACCCAAGAUGACAACGUAGUGACGGAAAUUCGGGAUGAACACAACCAUAGCGAAUUAAACGAAGAUGCACUUAACCGUCAAAUGUUAAGUAACUCCUUAAAACGAAAGGCCGUAGAAGACAUCGGUGAAAGACCUAUGAAAAUUUUGCAAAAGGAAUUACGAAAUGGACAUAUUAGUACCUUGACUACCAAAGACGUGGCAUUGGUUCGAAAAAAUAUGUAUAACGCUCGACGAUCUCUUCUGCCUAAAUUACCAAAAAGUAUGGAGGAAACUCAUGAUAUAUUAAAAACAUUUCCAGUGAAAACCAACAAAAACGAGGAUUUUCUAAUGGUGAACGACAUAGAAAACCAAAUUAUUAUGUUUUCCUGUAGCAGCAAUUUAGAAUUUUUAGCAGAUUUGGACACCAUUUAUAUAGAUGGAACUUUUGAAUAUUGCCCAAAGUUUUUUAAGCAAAUGUUCUCCAUCCAUGGUCUAAAAGAAAAUCAUUAUAUACCUUUGGUUUUCUUCUUAUUGCCAAAUAAAGAAAAACAUACAUAUACACUGGCACUGGCACUUAAAUACCUAACAGAACAACUUAAGAAAUGCAAUAAAAAACUCGCUUUAAGAACGGUAUUUGCAGAUUUUGAAGAAGCAAUUCAGCAAAGUGUCACUGAAGCUUGGACUAAUGUUUCAUUGAAGGGCUGCCGAUUCCAUUUAGGACAAUCCUGGUAAGUAGUCAUAUUUGAAUCCUUUUUUGAAUGAUGAUGAUGUGUAUGUGUGCUU